CACCUGUCACCGCGCCUGCAACGAUGCUGCGAGCUGUGAGUGCACUAUCUGAUGACCUGGACGCGAACACGAUGAAGAAGCCCGCGACAAAACGAACGAAAAGAGUGGAGGUCUUUGAUGAAGAUGGCCAGUGGCCCAAAUAUGGGUUUGUAACCCCGAAACGUGGCUUGAGCGCUGUGGCCCGCUUCGAACCUUUUUUUGGAAAAAUGGCGCCCGACGUAGGGCCACUCAACAUGCGUGUGGUCCCUGAGAACAAGGGCAAGACUUUCAAGCAGAUUGGAUCCCACAAGCUACCACUUGUGCCCGGGCCGUGUGUGAUAAACAGCUAUGGGGCCUUGCGCUGUUUCAGCGCUAGCUACACAGCAUGCCAGAGUCACAUGAGUGUGAGGGCUUCCAAGGACCUUGGAACACAGGUCUACUAUUGGGACGCUUACAAAGCAGCGUGUCGUGCCCACAAACGCAGGAGAGGCAAAUACCUACGACCUACUGUUGCUGAGUUCUUGGCUGGACUACCAACGGGUUGGUCGGCGCCAUGGGAGAACUCAGUGAAUCCGCAGCAGUUCCGUGAUCUGUUCCCUUUUCACGGGAGAGUUGCAGAAUCUGACAAGAGGAAGGUGGUGUCCUUGUUUUCGGGCAUCCUAGGGCUCGACCUUGGCGUUUCUGAGCUUUGCACGCCUUUAGCCCAUGUAGAAAGCUCUGCGUUCUGCCGGUCAGUAAUUGAGUGCCGCAUUCGGGACAAGUUCUUUCCAAGAGCACCGAUUUUCGAGGACGUUGCAACGUUUGUGCCAAAGGGAACCCUCCUAAAUACCGAAGGGUAUAUAGGUGGGUUCCCAUGCCAGGGAGUGUGCAAAGCAGGCUUGCAGUUGGGCAUGGCUGACAGCAGAACGGGCCUGGUGUCACACCUUUUCAGGCUCAUUGACGUGAGCCCCAACUGUUACUUUGCCUACUUGGAGAACGUUGGAGCCUUGCUGAGCCCCAAACUUCGCUCAACACUCAUCUACAUUCUCCAGGAGUUCACGGCUCGUGGAUUUGCAGUUUCUUGGGGAACUGUGACUGGCCGCAUGAUUGGCGUGCAGGUGAACCGAGAGAGGGUGUUCCUGUUGGCAGUGAAGCAUGGAGUUGCUGGCCGGAAUCUGAUUCAGGACUUCACUUUGAUGACCCAUGCACAGGCGGAGACUGAGUGCAACCAGCCUUGGAACCGACGUGGGCGCAUACCCUUGUUCGAGUGGCUAAAGCCAGAUGUUUCUACAGUUGAUGUAGAUCGGUUGAAGUCGCUCGGGAACGUAGUGUUCCCCCGUGUUGCGCGCCUUGGAUUGAACAUACUGCUUCGCCACUUGAAGCAGCAAAUGGAUGGUGUGUGCUGAGGACUCAGUUCGUUUAGUUGUACUUGGUUUGCGCAGUCUUGUGAUCCAACUGUUUUGACAAAGUGGUUGUUUGGAGUUUGGAAUGUAAGUUGCACCGUUCAUUUUUCCUGCAAGUUUGCACCAACCACUAAUUCAAGAUUUAGUUUGCAAAACACGGUGCAACAAGACCUCCGGCUUUGAGUUGAACCAACAUGAUGGC